GUAUAUACUCGUACUUUACUAUUUUCUGUAAAGCUGGCUACACUUCACCUUCAAUUUGUCCACAAUAACAAACCCUCAAAAUUCCAGCCUUGACACACAAUCUUCCAUAUUCUUCUUCUCCAUUUUAUAUACACAUACACACACAUCUCAUCACUGUGUGUAGGUCAGUGUGUGAAAAAACAAACAAACACAGACACACACAAAUCCGGUCAAAAUGUCAAUGCACGCAAAAACAGAUUCAGAAGUAACAAGCCAAACAGCAUCAUCUCCAACCAGAUCUCCUCGUCGACCAGUCUACUUCGUCCAGAGCCCAUCACGUGACUCUCACGACGGCGAAAAAACCACCAAUUCUUUCCAUUCAACCCCUGUUUUAAGUCCAAACGGGUCACCGGGUCGCCACUCACGUAACUCAUCUUCCACCCGUUUUUCCGGGUCGCUCCGACCCGGAUCAAGAAAGGGUCAUCAUCACCAACAUCAACAACCUCGUAAAGGCGAUAAAGGUUUUGAUGCAAUUGAAGAAGAAGGACUAAUUGAUGUUGAUCAUAGACGUGGCAUACCACGUCGUUGUUAUUUCUUGGCGUUUGUUGUUGGUUUCUUUGUUUUGUUUUCGUUUUUUGCACUUAUUUUGUGGGCUGCUGCUAAACCACAGAAACCUGAAGUCACAAUGAGGAGUAUUUCAUUUGAUGAAUUUGUGGUGAAUGCUGGGGCGGAUGCAUCUGGAGUUGCUACGGAAAUGGUGACAAUGAAUGUUACCCUUAAGUUUAACUUUCGGAAUCGUGGGACAUUUUUUGGAGUUCAUGUAUCAUCCACGGAUAUCGAUCUUGCAUAUACUGAGCUAACACUAGCUACUGGAUCUAUCAAGAAGUUUUACCAAUCAAGAAAAGGCCAUAGACUAGUGAGUGUAAAUCUGCACGGCCGUGGUGUCCCAUUAUACGGCGGAGGCGUAAAUUGGAGUAGCCAAAACGGUAAACUAACCGCACCCGUGCCACUAAACCUAAACUUCACAGUCAAAGCCAAGGCCUAUGUGCUUGGCAAAUUAGUUACGCCCAAGUUCAAUAGAAAGGUCUCUUGUGCCAUUGUUUACAAACCCCCAACCAAACUAAACGCACCCAAUGUGCCCAUUUCACUCAAGAACUCUUGUACUGUUCAGUAAAACUUAAGCUGUAGAAGUUUUUAAAGUCCAUACUAUUUUUACUUUUGGUUAGUAUACUAGUUAUAUAUAGUUUUGUAUUUAUAUUUUUUGGUUAUAAUUCUUUAAAGACCAAAAGGUGAGGUGGGUUCGGGCAGAUCUGAAGAUUACGGGUAGUGGUUGACCGAAUGUGCGGCGAAUGAAGGUGUCGGUGGUAAUUGGAGAAAUGAACUGAUCUGUAAUUGUGUGACUUUUAUUAUUUUAUUUAUUUAUACCUAUAUUUAUUAUUUAAUGAAAAA